GAACCAGUGUGUGCGUAUAGGAAAGAGAGGGAGAGAGAGACAGAGAGAAUGCAUGUUGCCCCCCCCCCCGCUCUGGUGAUUUAGAUACAAUUCUCUGUAUUCAUAUUAAUUUUGCGUGGGACCAGUGUUCCAACAUCAGCGCCUAGCUCUAGAACAUGUCUCCUGCGAUGACCGACGCAGAUGAAAUUCUCUCUUAUGCAACAGGGACCAGUAGUUUGAGCAGCAGUGGCAAAUUUGCAACGCACGAUGUCUAUGACGAACAUUUAGAGGAUAUUCACGCCAAUCUGAGCAAGCGGGAGUCUAUUCGUACCUCGCUAAUUUCAAAUAGGAACAAUAGAGUGUCCAACGGAAAACAAGAUCCUUAUGACGAACUUGAACAGGACAUCAGGGAAACGGUUCGUUCAAGCACAAAACAAAGCAGGAGCAAUUUGCCGUCCCACAAUGGCAGAAGGAACAGCAACAAUUCAAAUAAAGAGCAAAGGGACAAAAAGACGAAGAGUUCCGAUCAAAAAUCGAGUCAUUCGGGCAGAACACGAUCCAAGAUGCGGUCUUCUGGGAAUGAAUCGUGUGCGAGCACCGUGGCAUCUUCAAUGUCGAUGCUUUCCAAGGAUGAUAGCGAGAAUAAAGAUACAGGCCAUCGUCGAAAUCGUAAAAUGGAACGCACGAGUUCUGGUCGACGCAUAAGGAGUAAUAGCGACAUCAAUCGAUUGCUACAAUACGACGAGACCGGCGAUUACUCAACCGAAAAGAGCAGAAGAGGAUCGUCCACUCGUAGGGGAGGAAAAAAUAUUCGGAGCUCUAGUCGCAGCGGACACCGGUCCCUGGCUGGAAGUGUCAGAAACAGGACCCAAUCAUGUGAAAGAAGAGUGGGACGGUCGACUUCCGAGUCGGUUCCAAAAGUGGUCUUGGACGACAGUAACCGCGAUGAUUUGGAUAAACCCAGGCGACGGUCGUCGUCGCAGCAGCACUUUCAAUCCAAUCUCAAGAACAGAAGACGUUCAGACGAGCGCAGGAACGAUGAUCGAUAUGGCAAAAGCAGCUCGAGCCUUCGUUCAAUUCGAUCGAUUCAGAGGCGACAAUCGGACCAGGAGAAUAAAGAAAAAAGAAGAGAAAGAGGCAAAAGUUUGGAUGCGUUGGAUAAGUUGCAAAGAGAUUCCUUUGAAAAAGCUUGGGCAGAUGAUCGUCCUAUCCUGGGUCAACGGAGCAGGAGCGAGCGAGAAAUAUCAAACAAGUCCUUUUCUCGAAUUGAAGGCGUCAAAGGUGAUUGUUCGACAAGAAGUGGUACUUUCCCAGCGGAUAAAGGUAAAAAGACUAAGCUCGAAAAAAUUCACGAGCUUCAGGGGAAAUGCGACCUCUACAAAGCAGAACUAAGAAAAUUGACGGAUGACAGGCAAAGAUAUCGUCGAAAGUUAGAUAAUAGUCGUGAAGAAGUAAUCUCUCUAAAGAAGAUCGUGGACGAGUACGAGGGAGAUAUCACAGCGCUGCAAACAAAACUUGCUGAUGUACAAGAUACAUUACAAAUGACGAGGAGUGCACAGCGAAGCGAGCUUACGGAACUCUCUGAUGUUGCGAAGGAGUUGGCAAGGGUCAACAUUGAUUACGCAAAAUCAGUUGAAGAAGCUCGAAGCACAAAAACUGAACUAGAAGGCGUGAAACAAAAACUGGCGGAUCGAGAGAAAAAAAUUGCUGAACUUGAGGAGGAAUUGCGCAAAUCCGUAGAAAACGUGAAGCAGUUCGAGGCCGAUGUGUUGUACGCGGAUGAACACAUAGACAAGCUCGAAUCGGAGGUUAAACGCCUGGAGAUAGACCUGACUACAUACAAGGACGCUGCCGAACGAGAUUCAGUUUUGAAUUCCGAUGGGAAUCAAAACGGAGAUCAUCUACGAAGGGCGAAAGAAGAAGCUGAAAAACGGAAAUUUGAAGAACAGGAAAAUCGCAUAAAAGAAAGGAAUAGGAUUUUAGAAGAACAAAAGCAAGAAUUCGAAGCAGAGAGAAAGCGAUGCUAUGAAGAACAAAGGAAGAAAGAACGCGAUUUUGAAGAACAACGAGCGCGAGAAGAUGAUAGGUUGAAGAUUGCAGAAGCAGAUCAGCAAAGAAAGGAAGAAAAAAUGAACAAAAUCUUGAAAACCUUGGAAGAUGAAAAUGCUGCAUUAAAAGGAAGAUUGAAGGGCGAACAGUUGGAUUCUACCAUCAAAUUACAGAAGAAGGAUAAUGCUAUUGGCGAACUGCAAAAAGAAGUAGCACGACUCACUAAGGAACAAAAACAUCAUGAUUCUGCCCCUAAUAAUUCACCCGCUCUCCUCCAAGAAAUUGAAAGGCUGAAAGCUGCCGCCGCGGUUAAAGAGGUAGACUUUGAAGAUGCGCAUAUUAAAAAUAUGGAACUCACAAAUGAAGUGAGCGACCUUCAGAUUGCAUCAAAGGAAAUGGUAGCUCUUUUGAGUAGUCUUGAGAACGAAGUGGUUGAACAAAAAUUAGAAGUAGAUAAUCAGAAAAAGAAAACUAUGGAAUGGCAGAAGAAAUCCGGUGAAUGGUCGGAUAAAGCUUUCAAAUGGAAAGAAAUGUCCGAGUAUUGGGAAAAGAAAGCAAAAGAAUCGAACAACCAUGAUUCAUGCAGCAGUUUUGACGAAAAUGUAGUCCAAACAGAUCCACAAGCUCUAUUCCUUGCAGCUGCCGUGGAAAAGAAGGUCAUGAAUACAUCGACAGCAAACGGCAAUGGUUCUUGGCAUUUGCGACGACUAUUUGGACAGGCUCCUGAGAAUGGCGAUGAAGCACAUGACAUUGUCGAGAAGCUUGAAAGUGAGAAUUCCAUGAAACAAACAGAGAUCAAUAAAUUGAAAAGCGAACUGGUGAAAUUACAAACCAACUUUAAKGGUGAAGCAUAUAGCAGAUCGCAAGAAUACGAAAAGCUAAGAAAGGAAAAGAAUGACCUGGAGGUAACGAACGCCAACCUCCUGAAGGAGCUUGAGUUAGCUCGCAAACUUAACCAGACUAUAUCCGACUACGUGGACUAAAUCUGUGCAUUUUGUUUCAGCCAGAAAGUCCAACGAAUGAAAGGAACAGCCUUCAUGCUGAAUUCGUUUAAAUUCAACGCCUUGUUGUUGGCAAGCGCAUGCCAAAAGAAUAUGGCUUCUUUUUGUGUCCAAGGUUAAUUUAGGAAUGUUUUUGUAUUCCCGAAGGAAAAUUGUUUUCAUGAUCAACCUAAAAUAAUAAGUCUUUUUAUAA